GUUCAUAAGUGUCUGCUGGUACAUGUAAGUUGGCGUUUCUAACUAUUUUGAAGAUGACUAUUUCGAAAAACAUGCUCGUUAUUUUUGUUUUCCUCUUCCUCGACGUCGUAACUGUGAGUAUGAUUCUACCAUGGAUGCCUUCUCUUUUGGAAACAUACGAGUCUGAAAAAGUAAGUUGCAUUAUUUGUAUAUUACAAAAGGAAUGGUUUUAUACUUUGUCCAAAAAAUAUAUCCAAUACCUGGGUUUUGUUUUGGGAUUUCAAGAAGGUUCUACAUGGGACAGAGUAUUCAUUGGAGGCCUUCUGUCGUCAUUAUCAUCUUUGGUGCAAUUUGUAUCGUCGCCUGUAGCCGGAGCUUUAUCAGACUAUUUUGGCAGAAAAUCGGUCUUAGUUGUCCUUCAGGUAUCGCUUAUAAUUGUUAAUGUUCUCUGGUCAGCGUUGGGUAAGUCAUUUCUGUGGCUACUGAUGUAUCGUGUAUUAUGUGGUGCUGCACGAGCAAAUGUCGGUGUUGUAUCAGCACUUGUUGGCGAUAUCAGCAGUGAUACGUUGCGUACUAAAGGAAUGGCGGUUGUUGGCCUGGCUUAUGGUAUCGGAUUCACUGUAGGACCACCAUGCUCAGUUAUCUUACUUAGCCAGUGGAAAGUACAUACAUCAACUGAAUACUUGAGCUGUAUGCUGGGUUCUACGUGUUUGCUUCUUAAUUGUAUAAAUCUCUUAAUCUUGAUUUUUGCUCUGCCGAGUACAUUACAAAAGGGCGGAAAUAUCGGUCUAUUAAUCAACCAAGCAGUACGUUUGAUAAAUCCGGUGAAGUUGUUUUCACUAUCUGGCACAACGAAAUGUCCUAAAUAUGAAAAAUCUUUGCGUCAUUUGGCAUACUUUUGGUGCGGCUACUUGUGCGUAUACUGCGGAAUAGAAUAUACAAUACUGUUUUUGGCUAGAAUCCGCUUUAAUUUCUCAAGCUCUGAUCAAGGCAGAAUGUUCGGGUUUAUUGGGAUAAUAAUGAUUCUAGUUCAAGCCUGCUUUAUACGUAGCUUCAAACUUGGUGGAGAAGACAAAGCCAUUACAUGGGUAAGUUCUGUUCGCAUUAUUUUAAAACUGAAUUUCUCAGCAACUGCAUUAAUGACUUUCGUAAUUGGAAUAAUUGCAUUUAACCUGUAUUAAUUUUGUAGCCGUGAAAUGUUGAUUUUUUCUGACUCGGACAGUUUCACUGAAUAAUAACUUCGCCCGUCGCUCAUCUGGAACAUAACAUUAACUGUUCCCACAGAUUUUGGCAAAAAUUAAAAGCUUCGAAAAAUCAUCGACCGGUAUAUGCCUCUAAAAAUGAAAUAUUGGCAUUACGAGACUCUAGUAAUAACAUCUAAGUUACAGAUAACCUAUAAAAAUGAUAGCACUUACUAUAUAUCCAUUCGUAGUACAUUUAAAAUUACAGCAAAUCAAACAAAAUAAAGUUAAUCCAAGUAACAUUAAAGCCGUGCAGCAAGCUGCAGUGAUGUGUAUUCAUUCACCUGUCUUAUUUAAGCAAUUGCACCCCUAAUAUUUCCGUCAGCAGUUAUUUCGCCUCAACACGUGCUUAAACACUUCAGAAAAGUGCGAACUCUUCGUCGUCCACGAACAUCACUUAACAUUUAAGAAUACAGAACCAGCGUUAUUAAUUUCGCCUGAUAGGUUUACCAUUACUGAAUUCUUUCCGUCCCAGUUUGUUCCUUUCAUUGCUUAAGUUAUCACGCUUUUAAAGUACAAUGGCGGAAUAAUAUACCAUCAUAUUAGAUUUGACCUUUUGAUUUCAAGUUUUGUGUACAACUCAGUUAGUUGCUUUGGUAAACUAUCGUUUGACCAUUUGUCUCUUCUAAAAAUAAUCGCCACUCA